UGCACCAUUGGGCGCUACUGUUUACCUAGCCUCUCGGUUGCUACUAGCUCCACCAAAGAUACGAAUUUAGCAUUUCCCUCUACAAAAGUAACUUUUUAUUGGAGGUUUACGGGGAAAUGUGUUUGUAAAUUCUUGCGAUAUCGUAUUUAUAUUUUGAAUUUGAUAUGACAGAAUGAUAUGUAAGGUUUUAAACCUGGUAACUGCUAACAGUGGUUAGCAUUGUCACCUAAUCUGAAUUGCUAGUACCGAGCAGCUCCCCCUUUUGUGGCUGAAGAUGGACAAGUUUGUGGUCCGGGUUCCGAAGCUGAAAACUCAUCCAACACCGAAAAGCAAAGAAAGGGUUCUCAAACAAACUACAAUUGAGUCUUUGCGGAGGGUGGUCGUGAUUGAGGACAUCAUGCGCUACAAGUCCAUGCUGGAGCUGCCAGAGCAGAGCAAGGACAACAUGCUGAUGGCCCUGUCAGAGCUGAGCAAGAAGAUCCCAUCCAGGGAGGUGCUCAAGUCCACAAAGAUAGGUCACACUGUUAACAAAAUGCGAAAGCAUCUGGACCCGGAGGUGAGUUCAAUGGCUGCAAAGGUGUACACUGACUGGAGGACGUUCAUCGAGGAGAAUUCCAAUAAGCCGUCUAUUGAAGUGCGCUCCGACAGACAAUCUGAGGGACUCAGGAGCAACGCUAGAAGACUAAUGUCUGAGGUCCUGGAGGUCAAGGAGGAUUCAGGUCUCAUAGAUGUCAUUGAGAGAGAGGUGUUUCACCAGAGCUCCCGGUUAGUCAGCGGUUCAUACAGACGGACUGUUCGAGCGCUGGUGUUUGCCUUCAAACACAACCCUGACAUCAGAAGUCAAGUGAGAGACAACACGAUGUCAGUCAACCAGCUGGUUUCUAAAUACAAGAAAUAGCUGAAGAUUGUUGUUUCAUGUUUACACUUUUAGGUGUUUUUAAUUGUAUUUUCUGUAAAGGAGAUACAAAAUAUGUCAUGGCACAUCAGCAGCCUUGCACUGGUGUUUAAACUGCGCUGUCAUCAUGUCUUUUUAUUGAUAGACAGUUUGCUUUUAAACAUUUUUUUAUACAAAAUAAAAUUUCAAAUAUGACAACAUGA